AACAAACAAACAAACAAAUAAAUAAAUAAAUCUUAGUCUAGGCUUCCAUUGUUAACUUGUGAUCCGGAUUUAUUCAUCUGUAAAGCAGCGUUGUAAUAAAUAUAAUUUAUACAAAUGCAAUCAGACUUGGGAAAAAAAAAAAGAUCUGGUCGUAUGUAAUCUUUCACUCACUGACAGUCUCGCUAAAGGGAUGCUUUAAGGGAGGGUGCCAUCGUUGCUUUAGAGGUGAAUUCUGUUGUUCGUUAGUCAAAGGUUGCUGCAUUGAUGGCUCCUUAUAACGCGUUUGGGUUUCUGCAUAAAGCAUCUUAUGGCACUUGGAACAGUUGACAGUUUACCACUAGAGCGCGACGUGGUUCCAUCCGCCCCGUCUAAAACUCCCCGGCAGACCUGAACUCUGCUUUCUCUUCCUCUUGAGAUAACUAGUCUGCACGCUCGGCCCGAGCAGUCGGUCUUCCGGUGCCCGGCGCUCUCGCGGCAGAGGAUGGAACACGUGAAAACAGACCCGGAGGCGCCCCUUGGCAACGGCAUGUGUCCGGUCGCGAUGUACGGAGAGUUCGCGUUCAGGCAUAACCGAAAGAGCCGCUAUGCCUUGAGCCUGACGGAGCGAGACCUCGCUGUCCAGAAACUCCCGGCGGUGCAGGCGGCGCGAGGGAGAGUCGUCUUCAACUUGAGAGACUGCGUCGGGUGCCGCGCGUACGGGGCGGACGACCACGCCGACGUAGGCGCUUAUUUCUCAGCCUAUUUCUACCCGUUUAGGAAGCGCUGGGCAAGCCCUGGUGUUGCCCGCCAGAGGGUGGAGCAGUGCUUUCGUGUGGCAUCCACCCAAGACCCGCACGGGAACCUGGAUGAGGCACGAAAAUGGGCUCGAGCCAUCAGUGACGGUUCGGUGUGCAACCGGCCACAGAAAACAGGUCUUUGUGCUGAAGUGCGGAGACCGUGUACAUUCCUGGUCCUGCUGAAUCCUCAGAGUGGGAAAGGGCAGGCCCACACUCUCUUUACUCGCCAUGUCCAGGGAAUACUGCAGGAGGCUGGCAUCCUGUACACACUCAUCAUUACAGAGUGCCAAAAUCACGCCCGCGAGCUGGUGCGGGAGACGGACCUUUCCCAGUGGGACGCCCUGGUUAUCAUGUCCGGAGACGGGCUGCUCUUUGAGGUGGUGAACGGCCUCAUGGAGAGGGAGGAUUGGGAGGAGGCCAUCAAGACUCCACUGGGUAUCCUGCCCGGGGGUUCAGGCAACGCGCUGGCCGCCUCCAUACACCACUACGCUGGGCUGCAGCCCGUGACCAGUGAGGAGCUGCUGGUGAGCUGUGGCUUCACGUUGUGUAAAGGCCUGGUGUCACGCCUGGACCUGAGCUCGGUUCGCACGGCAUCCGGCCAGCGGAUGUUCUCCUUCCUGUCCCUCGCCUGGGGCUUCGUGGCCGACGUGGACAUCGAGAGCGAGAAGUACCGGCGCGUAGGGGCGGCGCGCUUCACCCUUGGGACGCUCGUCCGCCUUGCUUCCUUAAGGGUGUACCGGGGAAAGCUGGCGUACCUGCCCGCCCAAGACCCCCGGGGUCCCUCGAGCACAUCGGCGCAGGGCCCCUCACCCCAGGCCUGCCCCGCCACCCAUCGUGACCUCCCCGCCUGGAACCGGCCCUUCCGCAACUCGUGCAACUCCAACAACACGCCGAACCCCAAACGGACCGACGUGCCGCCCGCCCCCGAGCGGGGGCCCCCGGACUCGCUCCUCGCGCCCUUGGACAGCCCCGUGCCCGCCCACUGGACGGUGGUGACGGACGAGGACUUCGUGCUGGUGCUGGCCGUGUACCAGUCUCACCUCGCCGAGGACCUGAUCGCCGCGCCGGCGUCCCAGCUCGAGGACGGCGUCAUGCACCUGAUCUACGUCAAAGCGGGCAUCUCGCGCACCGCCCUGCUGCGCCUCUUCCUGGCCAUGGAGAAGGGCACCCACCUGGGCACCGGCUGCCCUCACGUGGAGUACGUCAAGGUGCGGGCGCUGCGGCUGGAGCCACACUCUCCCAAAGGCACCAUCACCGUGGACGGAGAGCUGGUGGAGUACGGGCCCGUCCAAGCGCAGAUCCACGGCAGUCUAGCAAGGCUCAUCGCCGGCUAGGUUCACACACGGUACUCAUGGGGUAGUUCGGCCAAAGGUGCUAACGUGUCUAACGGUUAGCGAGCGCUAGCAGAGCAAGUUAGCAUUCAAAGGAAACUGCUGCUUUUUGACGUGGAAGCCGUCGCAUUCACGCCGCGUCCACGGGAUAAACCCGCUAUGAAGGAACAGCCAGGACCCUGGUAGCAGUGUCCAGACUGAACUGAUGUGUGAGCUGGCUGGCUCUCUCUCUCUUGCUGUAGUUUGCUGGAUUCGUUUCUGUACUCCAAAACCGCUGAACCACUAAAAUGAAAUAUUUUUUGGUAAAAAUCUCAUUUUCAUGAUACUUGACCUCAGUAAGUCUGAUUAAUUAGUGUCAAACAUAUUAGCACUUUUGGGUGAUGUAUUCCUUGGAAGAGUGACGGGCUGAGCUCAGUCUGAGAGGCAGGAUUCUGGAAAGUGGGUACGAUGUCAGGAAGCAGUUAUCUCUACCUUGUCCAUGAUGUCUCCUGCUGCGGCCCGGAAAGUUCCGCCGACAACGAUAGCAAAUGUCCGGACCAGACUGAAAAUAGCUUUAUUUUUCUAGACACCCCCCGCCCCCUAACACACACACACACACACACACACACACACAAAGACAUCUCAGCUUAGCUCGUCUCUAUGGACUGGGCAGAACAGGAACAUCCCACCCCGACACCUCAGGCCACGGCGAAGCUGCUUUCCCGUCUCCGCUCCGGUCAGGCGGGACGGGCUACGGCCAGGGGCCCCCAUCCCACCUGCUGGGGCUCUGGUGCAGUUCCUAGAGGUCCCUGUCACCCUUCCACGGCUUCCUGCAGCUCAAAUGAAAGACAGCGUAGAGGAGAGAACCCUGGUGGAUUAUACACUGAGCCUACAUGAACAUACAAUCAGGUACAUUUUUAACAUGCGCAGUGCGUGUUAAAGCUUUUAACUUUAUUUUUCUUCAAACAGUAAGGUCGUCAAAACACAAAAAUCCAAACAGGUGACUAAGAUUCCCUGCAUCCUGUCCAAUACUUUUUAUAUUGUUUAACGGAAUAUCAAGGAAGAGCUCGUACUACCUAACAGAACCAGGAAGAUGGUUAAUACACUGAUGAGGAAUUGAGUUUAUAUUUUUUUCCUGACCAUGACCACGAGCGGCGUAGUGAGGGAGCCGCUAACCUGCUUUACGCCACACUGUCGCUAAGUUUAGCCGCGCAUUGCCGGAGGAGGUGCAGUGACCAUUGGCCGGCCCCUACCUCUCUCACAGAAGGCUAUUGACUCCACGGCUCUGUGUCCCCCGGCGCUGCGGGAAUACCUCCAGUAAAGCACUCCCACAGUCCUGCGUCUGUUUCGGAAAGCGUCUCUUGUAGCACUCUCUCUCUCUCUCUCUCUCUCACACCCUUACCCUUUGCACUGCAGUAUUUCAUAUAAAACACCUUUCCCCAAACAUACUGCAGCCCCCCUGCUGUGCUUCAAGGCCCAACCUCACUGAUGAAACAUCCAUCACCCGCUGCUCAUUUCAGUGGUUUGCAGACACUAAAGCAAAAGGAAAUCUGCAAACCAAUCACAAGAGUGCACAUGAAGCCUACGGUCGAGUGAGCAGCAGGGAGACGACAGGGGGAGGGGCUGUCUGUUUAAAGCUGCGGUAAGUAAUCUGGGCCGGUAGUCGCGUGCACAUCUGCGUGGAGGUUUUCCUAUAUUCUGAGAGAGGGCACCUGGGAAAACCUCCUUCCUGACCCUCCGCUGUCUAUUUCGGGACCACUGGCAGGACACUAGUUCUAGAAGUACAGCUACACACACCAAGAAUGAGGUCAGAAGGUCAGACGCGUGUUUAUGCAUUUCAGAGCGUGAUCGCCCCGAGGUCGUGACCUCAGGUCAAGGCCGUUCCAUUGGCAAUGAUUAACACGAGCAAAGCUUUUUUUUUUCCUCCUUUGUUUUUAAAGUCUCUAACAGUUUAGUGCUUAGAUUUUUAUUUAUUUAUUUAUUUUUGCUAACUAGAAAGAUCAGACAUGAGUCAUUCCACUGGUGUGCCGUGGCUUUCGUGUAAAGUCGGGGGGUUGUGAAUCAUGGUGACUCACAGGGGCCGCAGAA